AUGGUUGAACUAAAAUGCAAUCUAGUUUACCUAAAUAAUAUAGAUAUUAUCUCUGAAAAUCAUGAUCAAAGCCUAAAUUUAAAUGAAGUUUAUUAACUCUUUUAAGAUUUCACCAAAAUAUUUUUAAAAAAUCUAGGAGAAAAAUCCCUUUAAAAUGUAUUUUAUACAAUAUUUGAAAAAUCUCUUUAAGAAAUAUCAAAUUAUUAGAACAGCUAAUCAUUAUAAUUCUUUUUAGAUAAUAUAGAUUUUAUAAAUAAUGGUGUCGAUUAAUUCAUAAAUAUAAACUUGUAAAAAUGCACAGAGUAAAAGUCAGAUUACUAAUAUUUAAAAGAAUUGAAUGAAAAAAUACAAAAUUCCUAAUUUAUUAGUGAAUAAUUUUAAAACUCCUAACACCCUUAAAGAAAGUAGUAAGCGUUCGCAAAAUAUGUAAAUAACAUUUAUGAAACUUAUGAAUAGCAAUAAAUUUAAGCAGAAAAUUUUACAGAUAUUAAUAACUUCAACGACCUUUUUGAUAAUGCCAUCUAACCAACCUCAAAUAAUCCAUAACCUUAAGAUGAAAAUUAUUUACCCAAUUAAGCCACUGAAAUAAAGUAUUAAAAAUCAUCAGAUAGUGUGAUUCUCAAAGGCACAACUUAAGGAGAACUUUUUGUAUAAUUAAGGAAAAUAGAUAAGCAAAAUAAUAUAAGUUAGGUCACAAAUAAUAAAAAUAAUAAUUAUCUUACUAUUAAGAAUACUCUUCUAAAUAAUUAACUGGAAUAAUAAAAUUCAUGCCAAAAAUAAGUUUUUAAAAAUAAAACCAAAACAACAAAAAUAUAAAAUUCAAACAAAAUUAAAGAAAUUAAAGAAUCAAAUACGGAUAAAGAUAAUAAAGCUACUUAAAAUAGCUAAGAUUAAAAAUAAAUCUAAUAAAUUGAAGAAAAUAAUUUAUCUUUCGAAAAAAUUUAAACUGGAACUGGAAAAACUAAUAAUGCCUAACCAUUAAGUUUUAUUUGUUAAGGUAUUCUUGGAGAAGAUGAAGAUGAAGAUGAAGAAGAAGAUAAGGGUGAUAAGGAUGAUGAGGAUGAGAAAUGA